CUAAAACGCACUGCCGUUGUGCAUAUUGCACGACGACCUCAUAGUCUAGCCCAUAGUCCAUGAAAUCUUUGCCAAAGUGAGCUCUGAUGGCCUUGGCACUCGCCUGGCGCGCCGAAUUCCACCUUACUCACCCAGCCUUGCCAUCGCCCAAGCGUGGCAGCAAGCCCCACGCGCGCAACGACCCGUAAAGCGCCCCCGAUUCCCUGACCAUGUCUGCAUGUCGCGGCGGAGGCGGCCAUCCCGGAGCUGGACCCCCUGCUGCUCUUGUGUGGUGCUUCGGCGCGGGCACUGGCGGACAGCUGGGACGCGGCGGCACGGCAGAUGCGCUGACGCCGCAGGCUCUGCUGCUGCGCGCCCGCGACCCCAGCGAGCCAGCGACAGAGGCUCCUCGUGUUUCAGAUGGGCGUGCCAGUGGAGAUGCUGACGUAUCAAGCACUCUGCACCUAGCAGCCGGCGGCAAUCACGUGGUCGCGUGGUGGCGGGGCACGCCGCAGCCGCAGGCGGGGGUUACGGGUGGCGUGUCAGCACGCACGCCGCGCGCCGUACUCCACGGCAGCUGCACAGAUGCAACUAGCAGCGCCACAGGCGGUGCACUAACCAAAACAGACACCACACGCAGUGGCGAUGAUGGUGGGCAAGGUGCCUGGGGCAGGACGGGGCCCGACGGCGACAGUGGCGUCCAAGGCAGCACACCAGCGCCGGAGGCGGCGGCGGACGUCCUAACCUGGGGCCAUGACGUCGCAGGUGCAGGUACAGGUACAGGUGCAGCAGCAGCUGCUCAAUUCUCACCAGCAUCCGCGCCCGUACCAGCAGCCGACACGAGGGAGCCACGGCCAUCGGCUCCAUCAAUGACGGGGCCAAUCCUCACCGCGACGCCAGAACCGGCUGCGUGUGGGGCAGAGGCGCAGGAGGUGGUGGAUGAGGUCACGGGCUGCCGGCUGCUGCUCACGCCGCGGGCGGUGGCGCUGCCCCGUGGGGGCUGCGGCGGCGGCUCACGGGUGCGCCAGGUGGCGUGCGGCUGGGAGCACACGGUGUACCUCACAGAGGAUGGCUCUGUGUGGGUUGCUGGUAGAGGCAGUCGAGGCCAGCUGGGGUUGGGCCCAGGGCCUGGCGGCGCAGCCGCGGCGCAGCCGCAGCCUCUCUCCGGCGCCCUGGCUGCCGCACUGCCUACCGGCUGGGCCGUGACCUGCGUGGCGGCGGGCAUGUGGCACACGCUGUUCGCGGCGACUGGCCCCGGGGCGCCGGGGCCCCCGAGGGAGCCGCAGCGGGGGCGCCGCAGUGGGAGCACUGGCUGGAGCGGGCUCAGGGCCGUGGGCUGGACAAUGGGCAGACGCGGCUGCAGUCAUCUUGGGAUGCGGCUCCAACCGGCGACAGCAGCUGGGCGCGUGCGGGCAGCCGGACUGGGAGCCACGCACCGGGGCAGUGAGCGGGCAGGCGAGUGCUGCUGGCGGCGCCUCGGCAACGGCGCCGCCGCUUGCUGAGGACCGCAAGCCGCGGCUUGCCCGCGGCGCCAGCAGCAACAGUGGCAGAGCCGGCGGCGGUGGCGGCAGUUGCGCGAAGCCACCCGCAGUUGCAGCUGCGUGGACACCCGUGUUGGUGCAUCUGAUACCGGGGAGCUCGUCCGGCGCUGCCGCCCCAACCGCCCCAGCCACUGCUGGAGUGCUCGUGGCGGCGGGCGGUGACCGGAGCGCCUACCUCGAUGCUAGGAUCGGCUGCUUGUUCGUGUGGGGGCGUGGUCUGCCGCCGGAAGUGCACGACAGCGGCCAGCCUAGGGAGGUGCCGCUGCUUCGCGGCACCGGGGCAGCUGAUGCCGCAGGUGGAGAUUCCAAGGCUGCGGCUGCUGCCACGACCUCGGCCGCGGCUGCUGCCAGCGCGCAGCCCAGUGAGGGGCCGUGUACGGUGAAGGCGGUGGCGUGGCGACAGGUGGCUCUGGGCUGGCAACACGUCUUGGCAGUGGACACAUGCGGCCGCGUGUGGGCUUGGGGCAGCAACAGGAACGGACAGCUCGCCAGGCCACUGCCGGAGGCGGCGGCCAUGCCGCCACUGCAGUCGCCAGCAACAGCAACGGCCACAGCUACCGGUGUUGCAGCCACAACUGGGUUGCAGGCACAACAACGAAGCUCAUUGCAACCUCAAGCAGUGACAGGGACAGGAGCCGACGUGUUGCGGCAUGCGGAGGCCGCUGGAGAUGGCGGCGGCGUGGAGAUGGUGGCUGCAAGCGCGGCUCCAUUGCAAGUGGCGCUUCCGGCAGCAGCAGCGUGUGUUGCCGCGGGCUCGGAGCAUUGUGCGGCGGUGCUGUUGGACGGACGCAUCUUCACAUGGGGCUGGGGAGAGCACGGCAUGUUGGGAGUGGGAGACACGCAUAGCCGCUGGCAACCACAGGGCGUGGCGUUUGGUGGGGAAUCGGUGGGGCAGUGUAGGGUCGUGGCUUGUGGCGCAGGCUUCACGGUGUGCGCCUAGAAGCAUUGGGCACUUGCGAUAGCAUUUACAUCUGGUCUCAUCUGUACCUGUGACCUACUGAAACUUUCUGGAUGGUAACAGAGGCGCCUUUCUGGUUGAUAACGUCCUAUAUACGGCAGUCUGUUAGGCUCAUCCCCCAUGUAACCCCAACCAGCCCUUCCCGCUUCCGGCUCCCUCCUGCGACGUCCAGCCGCUACUCUCCGCCUCUCCUCGUUGUCCCG